CAAAAUAUGAACCAAAAGUCAACAGAUAAUUUUGAAUUUUUAAAAAAUGAACGUUAGUUUUCGCUUUUGUGCUUUUGUGAAAAAGUGGUGUUAUUAUUAAUAGAGUUCAAAAAGAGGGAAGUAUUUGUUGAUCUUCAAAAACCGAUGUAAAUAAUGACGAUAAUACGAUCGUGCAUAAAGAAAAUCAGCGGUUUUGAUACAUUAAACUGCGUACACGCUGAACUAAUUUAUCCAAAAAUUGUUAUUUACGAAGACAAAAAGACUGUUCAUAUUUUGGAUAUUACAGACCCAAAUGAAAUCCAAACAAUUGUUUCACAUUCAUUUCAAAGUCCUAUAGUGCAUCAAAUAAUAUACAAUGAAAAUAUUUGGGUGGCUUUAAGUACGGGAGAACUCUUCGUUGUUAGCCUGAAAAACGGUGCUCUAAUGGAAAUUAAAUGCAUAAGUAAUGCAAAUUACAAGGUUCGACGAUUUGCUAUAUACAAUUCCCAAUUAAUUCUGAUAAGCGAAAGUGGCGAACGACUGGUUACUUCAUUCACUAAAGAUGCUUUAGAGGAAGAAUUUGUUAAAAAUACAAAGGAAACCAGUGUCAACUUGGAUAAAGCUCAAAUACCUGUCAAUGCAAUUCACUAUGAUACUAGAAAUGAAUACAAUGGAAUGGAUAUCUGUAUAGAUUCAGGCAAACUCAUUUUAAAAUGCCUAUGUACUGGCUUAACUGAUGUGAUUGCAAUCCAUCCUCAACUAAAGUAUGUCUCUCUUUGGAAUGGAAUGAUUGUCAUAGCUACUGAUUUUAAAAUGUGGAUUCUCAAUCAAAAGUUUGAUUUGAUUUUUGAAUUUGAAAACAUUGGUUCACAGUAUUUUCCAUUGGCUUCUUACAAUGAUAUACUUUACUAUAUUACGUGGAAUAAAGAGGAGAUUGGACUCCACUAUGCAGCAUUGUCAAUUUGUACAGAACAUCAAGACAUCAAUUAUUCAAUUGGAUUCAAGACAAAACUUUCAUCUCAAGAGACACUUAAACUGCAAUUGAAAUCAUUAGUUGAUGAAACUUUAUCUAGUUGUAAAAUACCUGAGCAGAUACUGCCAAACCUACAGGUAUUAUUUAAUGAAAUUGAUGAUUUUGCCUUCCUUGUCAACACAGCAUCAGCACUUUGUCAUCAUAACCUUCUGUAUAAGCCAAUUGUAUACCCUCUCCAAAAACGAAUUUAUGCAACAGGUGACCAACAACUUAUUACUUUAAUUUCUGAUACGAUAAUAAAAACAGAGUUGUUGGAAUAUAUAUUUUUUAAAGGAGGCAAUUGUUAUGAGGGUAUUAACAUAUUUGAACAAAAAUUCAUUGAACUUUGUGUGACAUUUAUAUCAAAGUCUGAUUUGGAUCUAGCCACAAUAUGUUGGUUAAAAUACACUGAAAUUAAGCAUACAUUGCACUCUGAUGAUGUAAAUAACAUAUUAAAUGCUAUACCGUACAACAUUAAAAUGGGCGCUCUUGUGAUAUGGUUUCGGAACUUUGUUCCACCUCUGUUGGAUCAAAAUCCAUUUUACAUUGAUUUGUUUGUAAAAUGGACCACAGAUAGAGUUUUUCUUUUAGAACAGUCCCCAUAUUGGCCAAAAAUAGGGUUAAAAUUCAUAGCAGCUAUUAUAGAGGUUUUAGAAACUUCAAUAAAAUCUAUUUGUGUGAGACCUAUUUCAGUUGAUGAUCUUGAUAUUAUAAAAGGUCACAUAACUUACAUAAUGGAACUAAAAGAUAAGUAUAAAAUCAACAUGUUGCUCAGUGAGUUCAGUUCACAGAGUCCAUCUGAAAUUGCACUUAUCAUGCUACGCAGAUGCUAUACAGAGGACCUAGAAUUGUUUCUACAAGAGAGCUUGCCGUCUUAUACUUCAAGACAUUUACUUGAAAUAGAUGACACCCUACGAUCAUUUGUAGAAAGUGAAGCUGCAAGUAGUGGGGGUUGUAUUGAUGGUAAUCGUCUCAAAAUUUUGCUUAACUCAUUUCAUUCCCCUACCAACAGAUUAGAUUGCCUACUUAACGUUCUCAAAGUAUUAGAUGUACCAUGGGAUACAAAUGUCUUAGCGACUGCUGCUGCAGCAGCUGCCCUAGCUUUCAAAAAUUUUACACUCACUGACGCCGAUCGCAUGUUAGCGCAAGAAAUUUACAAGGAACUAAAUUACUCCAAAAUCAAAGUAAUUCUUAAGAAGUACAAUUUUCAUUUAACCUGCACGGAUUAUGUUCUAGUUAUACACAAAUUAAUUAAUGCACCAACAGUUGAUAGGGAUGAUUUAAAAGUUAUCACAAGUAUUUUAACAACCCACGCCAACUACGCUAAUGCCUUGUAUAUAGACCGAUGUUUACGAGACUGUGAAACAAAAUUGGCAUUAGAGUAUUUCAAGAACUUGUCUAAUCGAACCCAACGAAUUCUAAUCAAAACCAUUCAACAUAAAUUUGAACAGAUAAUUACAAGUAAAACUACAAACCCACUGUUAGAAAGAAAUUAUACAGAUUUUCUGAAGGGGUCUUUGUUAUUAGAUAAAAUUGAAAUAAAUUCAAUUGAGAGUUUGUACUACCUUAAAAAUUCGUUCAACAUAUUUUUAAAUUUAAAUAGCAUCAACAACAGUAAGAGUCGCGAAAGUGCGCUGAAUGAAUUAAGACAAAGUGAGGAAGUUAUUUCAAGUUCUGGACGCGGCAAAUGCAUGUUGCAACUAAUAAGUGGGGAACAAUCAAAGUUAAUGACCCUACUGCGCCGAACUUCUGCAGGCCAAAAUGUACGCGUGCUUAUUGAAUCUCUCAUAGUGAGAAAUCCUUCAAAAACUAAUGAUUUAUCUGUUUUAUUGCAAUACAAAGAUGGUCAAAACUCUACUCUUUUAUUAGAGUCGUACGAAAUAUUAUCAGAAGUUUUGUCUAAUUGCGACGAAGAACAUUUACACAGUUUACUUAACUACUUGUCGAUACUUAAUUCGUUGAUCCACGCUGGCGUUAUCUUAAAAAAUCUUUCCAUAGCUUGGAAGUUUCAAUAUAUAUUUUUACCUAUGUCUUCAUUGAACACCAUGAACGAUUUAAUUGACUAUUAUUGUUCAUCUUCUACUGAUAAUAAUUUAUUGCAGUCAGAAACUACAAAUAUUCUUGGCAAAAGUGACUUCAUUCCUUUUCGUAUUUUUGCAAACGAAUUGAAACAGUCAAUAAAAACAGGCUCUAUUCUCUCCGACGACUUCUUUAAAGUGAGAGACCAAGUUACUAAAAGGCUCCUAUCAAAAGUAGUCGCUUCACAAGAUUUGGAUCAAGUUUUAGUAACAAGUUUAUUACUUACUCUUAGGAGUAGUACUGAAGUAACAGAAGACAAAAUUUGGAUUUUAGACCUACUACGUGGGCAAUCGGAAUCUUUAUCUCCAGCUGCAAUGCAUUUCCUUUCGAAUCCCCUAAUUCGACGUACUUUUGCACUUGAAAACAUUUUUCCAGGAAGUGCUUUUUCAUAUCCUCCCCAAUAUAUCCUUAAAUCAAAGUUCAAUAUCAAUUUAUCCGAAAUUGUCCUUCCGGAAAGUAAUGAAGAGACGUGGGAUGUCAAGGUUCUACUCUUUCAUAUUUUACGAAAUUGCCCAAAUACAACCUUCGAGAGACUUAUCGAUUUAUGCCGAACUCUAAAUAUUUCGCACAGCGACGGGUUUUCCUUGCUAUUCGUAUCUGUACUGACAAAUUGGAAUUUGAAAUACAAGAUAGUAGAAAACGAACUAGGUUUUCGUGAACUUGCCAUAGAAAAUGAUUUUGAACAAUUAAUGCCCAAAUGCAAGGUAAUUUGGCAAAGUAUUGAAAACAAAGAAACUUUGAAGGACAUUUUAAAUGAUUUUUGGAAAAAUGGAGAAGUGAUGAUAUAUGGGUGUCCUGUUUCUAUUAAUCCAUAUUUCUAUGAAGUCUUUUUGUGUAUUUAUGAAAUGAUAUUUUCUUCAAGUAAUGAAUCGAAAAUUUUAAAGCAAUACUAUUUACUGAAUUUCUUAAAAGGUUAUCAGCGAAAAAGUAGUCCCAAGCAGUAUGAAUUUGAACUCUUUUCAGUUAAAGGAAUGUUUCCUGAAAUUGGACAUUACCGAUUACCCUUUCAUCUUUUUAUGCGUGAUGACAUGUGGUCGAAUUUAAAAUCUGAAAUUAUUUUAGAAACAUACGAACGUUGGUUACCCGUAGUUGCAUUACUCUCGCUCGAUGACGAGAUACAGACAGCCAAGGAUAUGAUUUGCAGCAACGCCGUGAAACAAACUAUGACAAACCGCAAAAGAUUCGUAAGUAACGAUAAUGAGACGAAGGUUAACGAGCCUUGGCGCUUAAUAUCCCUCGAAGAACCUUUGCUCCGUACAGCUCAUCGAUGUGUACGACAUAUUGCAAAUAUGGAAUGGGCGGGGGCGUGUCUUUUCUAUGUUCUCCAAGGAUGUGCCAGAGGAGCAGAUCAGGUUGCUGCAGCUCAACUUUGCUAUCAAUUUUCACAGCGCUGGGCUACGCUUCAACCUGCCAAUCGUGCUGUGCAGCAAAUGGAAAAGAUACACUCUACAUUGUCGACUCGCCAUGCUUUACAUAAAAUAGAUUGGGCGUGUGAAGAGCUGAUACGUCUGUCCACUGAGCCCGCGCAGCUUAUACACGCUUUAUAUUUGCAUCCAAAUUUUGUGGAAAAAUUUUCUCGACAUGACAUAAAUCGCGCUGCAAAUGAAAUAGCCGAUAAAAACAGCAUAAACAUUAGCUCCAUAAGAAUCCAAAUAUUAGAAAACAUUCUUGAAAAAACAUACAAAGACAACAAAAGCCUAGGUCUAGAAGUCAAAGAUUUAAUAACAGCUAAAUAUAUUUUAAAAGCUACUUGCCCGAAAAUGGGAGCAAUUUAUUUGUCAAGAAUUGCUUUUGAUGAAGAAAGUGAUCACAACAAAUGCAAAAAACUUCGUGCAUUACAAUGUUUAAUCAGCGUAAUUGAUUCUGACACUGCUAUCAAAGUUACUAAUCGUCAACGUGAUGUCCUGUGGAUGUCUUUAUUAGAGCUUUUAUAUGUCGUUAAGCUUGAAAAAAUUGAUGUACCCUGGGUGGUUGCUACGUUUAUGCAGAAUAAAACUAUCGCGUUAGGUCAACUGUUACAAGUUGCUGGAAACAAUACAGAAAGUUUAAAAAUUGUGGCUGAGUUGACUGAUAAAUUUGGGAAUGUACAGCUUAUGCGUGAAAUUAUACCUAUGUUACUGCAUAAAUCCUUACACGAAGAAAUGAUUCCUUUACUCUUGAAAGUCCAAAAUCCACCUGAUAAUGUUAUUUAUUCAGCAUGGAGAGCUAUAAUUUUGUCUCCAUUCCAAAGAGCCGACUAUCCCAUUACUGAUCGCCAAAAAAGUAAAUGUCUUAAUGCAUUAAAUUUAUUACCAGUUUGUCCAGUGAUUAAAGAUGAGGACUUAAUUGAAAUAUGGAAAAACUGUAUUAGAUGCAAGUGUCUAGGACUAGGUUGUUUAAUAUUGCCAUAUAUGUCUCCUGAAACUAGACAAAAUCUCAGUGAACUCCGCAAAAUCGAUAAAAGAAAUUUAAUAAUAAGCUUGAAAAACCUUCAUACUGAAAGUUACCUUGUAUCAGGUGCAAUGUAUGUAAUCGAAAAUUUAACACCAAAAUUGUACAGAUAAAUUCUUGUCAAUAUUAUUUGCUAUUUAUAUUAUCUUUUUUAAUAAAAUGUAACUACAUUAAAUCUGGAAUUUUGUAAUUUAAUUUGUAAAGGUGUCAAUAAAAACUAAGUUUAGUGAACUUGAAAUUAUACCCCAUUAUUCAAUAU